AUUGCAACGCUUGGAAGUAUCUGACAAUCCAGUGACGCAGGCUUCUUCCAACUUAAAGUUAAUCCUAUACUUUUGGCUGAGAUCAGGGUGGGGUCUUUAUCUCAUUUGGUGGGGCUUCCCACUCUUGGUGGACUUGGGUAGAUGUUCAGAUAUUCGUGCAAAAAUCUGAAAUGGCAGUCAUGUCCUGCCAUAUUUGCACAUCUUAUCCACAAGCGGUUGGAGUGCGAACAUUGCUCAGGAUACCGUGCUGGUUUCGCUCUCUCUCCCCAUGUUGCAAAUUCCGGUGAAGAAGAGUUUCAGAGUGCGUUGGUCGUUGACAAGGAGGUGAUUGUUAAGCAUCGAUUAAUUCUGACAGGGUCGGAUCCUCGUGUUGGAAACCUCUGCAGCACUUUUAGCGUUUGAAGAAUUCUGGAAGAUCUCUGUUGAAAUAAUGGCGGCUUUGUGUUGUUGCCCAACGGCAACUAGUACCAAAGUCGUGAGCCAGCAAAUGCAAGCAUAUUUGCAUUCCUCCUCGGUUGGUGGUCUAGGUUUUGCUCGUCUCCAUCAGAGCAAAGUCUCCGGGUUGUCUACUGUUAGGAUUGGCGCCCAAUCCAGGGGGGGUGCAUUAGUGGUGCGCAUGGGCAUCCGCGCCGUAGAGUCAUUCGACGCAACUUUCCAGCUGACACCGGAGAGUGACCAAUUGCUGCGUUCGAUGUUAUCUUCUGAGUCGUUCAUCAAAUCGGUGGCUAGAGAUUGCGCCCUGGGUGAGGAUGCCAUGCUUGAAUUCUCAGGAGAGAUAUUCCAGCCUGUACCUUGGAGCCAGACCACGAAACACGGCAUGCUUCCGGAGUUUGAGAAGUACCAUCAUGAUAAAGAAAACUAUGUGAUAAUCAACGUCCCCCCUCAAAUCAUGUUUAAGUCUAAGAUAUUCAAGCCAUCCAGGCUGUGUGCGAUCUUCAAGAAGUCGUCACCCUCUACUUAAGAAAGAAGUCUUGGGGAAAUUAUGCCCUCCUGUGAGAGGCGUUGAGUGGAAUGCUGCCACCGUACUUUGGAUCUUGCUGCAUUUUACUUCAACGUUCGAAUACCGUUUCUUGCAGGAUAGGUCUUAGGACAGGUACUUGAAGGAUUGGUUGAGGAGUCUCAUCCACUGCAUGAAGCCAGCCGAAUUGCGGAAUGACAGCAGCGUACUUUAGCCCCCCUAAGUGUAGCCUCAACUACUACCGUUCGUCUUCCUUGCCUAAUUCAUAUAGUGCACUGGCUUAACAUCAACUUAACCCUUAAACCACCGUGGAGGUUCCGCGUUAAAACAUGCUUCUGUAAACUGUGCAUGGAUUCUGACUGACAUCAAGACUUUGUCCCUCAGAAUGUAGCAUGCCGUGUUGUUGCCAGGAAACCAUAUCCUAGAAUGACGAUACUUCUGUACUUGGAAUGGAACAUGGUCUGUUGUUAGUUUAUCAAUCAGAGAGAGUGUACAUCCCAGUACAUGGCAGAAAGAAGUAUUGCUAACCGCAUGGAUUGCACAAUGUCAUGCUGGGUACCUACAUGGUUGGAAGAAGAGACUGGAAUCGGUGAAGCAUUUUUUUCAUUUUUUCAUUUGACAAGAA